AUGGCCACACCGCACAUUCACGUGGCGGCACUCUUCCAACCCUACACACUCCGCUUCUAUGAUGGAGAUGAACAGCCGUCAAGCCCCGAAGCACCACCUCCUCCUCACAACACAUCAGUUCCUGAAUUGCCAUCCCGCCUCGAUGUCCAAAGGAGCUCCACCAUCGACCUGCCCACUCGCCCAAGCACGACAAGCCUCUUCCAUGGACCGACCCCUCCAUUAACACCAACAGCGGCUGCCCAGGAGUUCUUUUCACCCUUGGCCACUUCUGAAUCGCUGAAGUCUAGCCGGCGUCACUCCCGGCAACUUGGCGACCCCCGAUCACUAGCACGCAGCGAGCUGGACGAGUUGGCGCGGGAUCCAGUGUACAACCAGCCACGUUCCCGCGCCGGCCCACUACCUUCUGGUUCUAUCCUCGACUUCGCAAAGGUCCAUGAGCAGCUGAAACAGGAUAAGUUGAAGGAGGCGAAGAAGAAAACCUAUUCACCACCGCAGUCCCGAGGUUCGCGCAACCAUAGCCACGAGCGAGGCUUUGAGGACAAACCCUGGACCGUCGAGCCAGCAUUGAUGGGCAAUGAAGGGCUUAUCAAUGCUCUGCGCUCGCUAGCUAGCGAGGAGAGUCUCGAGCUAUCCUGGAUCGGCACUCUCGGCUUCCCUACAGAGGCUCUGCCAGCUAGCGCCCGCGAGAACAUCGACGACCACAUGCUCAAUGAGUACCAGUCUAGCGUCGUCUACGUAAGCGACAAAGACUUCGACGGACACUACACGCACUACUCGAAGACGAUCCUGUGGCCGAUCUUCCAUUACCAGGUCCCUGAUCAUCCGAAGAGCAAAGCCUACGAGGACCACAGCUGGGGAUUCUACGAGAAUGUCAAUCAAGCUUUCGCUGACAAGAUUGUGGAGAGCUACAAACGUGGCGACACUAUUUGGGUCCAUGACUACCACCUCCUGCUUGUUCCUGGCAUGGUUAGAAAGAAGUUACCGGAUGCCUCCAUCGGCUUCUUCCUUCACACUGCCUUCCCAUCAUCGGAGAUCUUCCGCUGUCUCGCCACUCGAAAGGAACUACUGGAAGGGAUGCUUGGUGCCAAUCUCGUCGCUUUCCAAACCGACGAGUAUGCGCAGCACUUUCUGCAAACGUGCAGCAGGAUCUUGACGGUGGAGACGACCAGCGAGGGCGUCCAGCUCGAAGAUCAUUUCGUCAAUGUCACCAGUGCUCCGAUUGGCAUCAACCCUGCGGCUAUAGAUGAGUCGCGCGAAGAUCCGGACGUCCAGAAGUGGAUUGACGACAUCGGCGAGCGCUACAAGGACAAGCUGCUCAUCGUGGCUCGAGACAAGCUUGACAACGUCCAUGGUGUACGCCAGAAGUUGCUCGCAUAUGAGCUGUUCCUCAACAAGUAUCCGGAUCUGGCCAGGAAGACUGUGCUUAUUCAGGUUGCCACUUCCACGAGCGAACAGAGCGAGCUAAUCACAACGGUCUCAGACAUCUGCUCUCGCAUUGACAACAAAUACUCAAGCUUAGUUCACCAGCCUCUCGUCUUCCUCAAGCAAGACAUUGAGACCUCGCAGUACCUGGCACUCAUGUCGGUCGCGGAUGUGCUGAUGAUUACUGCACUCCGGGACGGCAUGAACCUGACAUGUCAUGAGUACAUCUACUGCCAGGACGGCAAGGCGGGAAGCAAGAAGCAUGGUCCGCUUAUCCUCAGCGAGUUCACUGGAAGCGCGGCUGUCUUCAAGGACCAUCUCAUUAUCAACCCGUGGGACUACCAGAAGAUGGCAGACGCAAUAAAGAUUGCGCUGCUCAUGUCCGACGCUGAGAAGGAACAUCGGUGGAGGGCCAUGCACUCAGUCAUCAUGGAGCAGACCGGUGCUCGCUGGGCAAGGCAGCUGGACAAGGCCUUGGCCAAGGUCCACGAAGAACACAACCAGCGCUCUUCAACCUCUGUGCCCCGGCUGUCCACUGUCGCGGUGAGCGAGAAGUACAAGCGCGCCGGCAACCGUGUCUUCAUCAUCGACUACGAGGGCACUCUCGCACCACACAAGACCCGCGAAGGCAUUCCACUCACCUCUCCAACUCGCGUGGUCGACACCCUCAACGACCUGAUGAACGACCCCAAGAACACCGUCUAUAUCAUGUCUGGCCGCAAGCCCGAAGAACUCGAAUCUGUCUUCCGCACCGCCAACGGCCUCGGCCUCAUCGCUGAGAAUGGCUGCUUCGUCCGCAGCUACGGCGUUCCCGCGAAUGGCUGGGAAGUGAUGGUCGACAUGGAUGACGUCGAGCGCUGGAAGGACGACGUGCAAGCUGUCCUCAACUACUACCACGAGCGUAUGGAAGGCAGCUACAUCGAAGAACGCCACUGCAGCACCCUGUUCCGCUACGAGAAAGUCGAGGACCAGGAAGCUGCCAUCCGCACCGGCGGCGACUGCGCGGACCAGAUCAACAGCGGGUUCCAGAACAUGAGCAUUCACGCCGUGCCUAUCAACAAAGCCGUCCUCAUCGAGCAAGUGGAGUUCAGCAAAGGCACCGCCGCUACCAACGCCUACAACACGCUGAAGGAUAAGAGCUCCCGCGGCGGCUCUUCGCCCGUCGACUUCUUGAUGGUCGCCGGCGACGACCGCGAAGACGAAGUCGUGUUCCGCUGGGCCAAUCAGCUCGGCAAGGACAAGGAAGUCCGCGACGUCUUCACCGUCUCAGUCGGGCGGCGCAACACCGAGGCGCAAGCGGCUGUGACGCAGGGGUCGACGGGGUUGUUGGGAGUGUUGCAGAAGUUGGGAAAGAUCUCGUUCGAUUCGGCGCCGGUGGAUUACUUCAAUAGUCCGAGGAAAGCUAGGGUGUCUGGGCAGUGA